GCUCUAAUCUCUGUGACUCCGGAUGAGGAGACAUAUGAUGAAGAGGAUGCUGCCUUCUGCUUGGAGAUGCUUCUGAGGAUUGUGCUAGAGAAUAGGGACCGUGUAACCUGUGUCUGGCAAACUGUCCGAGACCACCUCUAUCACCUCUGUGUCCACGCGAUGGAGUUCUGCUUCUUGGUGGAGAGGGCGGUGGUGGGGCUGCUGAGACUGGCAAUUCGGCUCCUCCGUCGGGAAGAAAUCAGCGCGCAGGUUCUCCUCUCAUUACGUAUCCUGCUCAUGAUGAAGCCAAAUGUGCUGUCCAAAGUUAGCCAUGAGGUUGCCUACGGCCUCCACGAACUCCUGAAGACCAAUGCUGCCAACAUUCACUCUGGGGAUGACUGGUACACGCUCUUCACCCUCCUGGAGUGUAUUGGGUCUGGGGUGAAGCCGCCUGCAGCCCUGCAGGUUACAGCAAGGGCAGAUAACGACACAGGUGCUCAGUCAGACAGUGAGGUCUCUUCCUCCUAUCAUCCAAGUGACAUGAGCCUGGACCGUGGCUACACCUCUGAUUCGGAGGUGUACACAGACCACGGAAAGCCAGGCAAGAUGCAUCGCUCAGUGACAGAUGUGGAUGUCAUGAACAGUGGCUGGCUAGUGGUGGGGAAAGAUGACAUUGACACCUCCAGAUCUACUGCUGGGCUCAGCAGGCUGGGGCCAUCUCCCCUUGUCAACCAGUACAGCCUGACUGUGGGGCUGGAUUUGGGCCCACAUGACACAAAGUCUCUCAUGAAGUGCGUAGAGUCCCUGUCCUUCAUCGUGCGGGAUGCAGCCCAUGUUACGCCUGAGAACUUCGAGCUCUGUGUCAAAACCAUCCGCAUCUUUGUGGAGGCAAGCUUGAAUGGGGGCUACAAGUCCCAGGAGAAGAGGGGGAAGAGCCACAGGUAUGACAGUAAAUCCAGUCGGUUAAAAAAAAAGUCAAAGGAGAGCUCUACACGGCGAUCACGGGCCUUGAGCCAGCACCAGGCACACACACAGAGUGAUGAGGACGAGGAUGAGAGCAUCCCUGCCAGUUACCACACUGUGUCUUUACAGGUUAGUCAGGACCUCCUGGACCUCAUGCACACGUUGCACACGCGAGCGGCCACCAUCUACAGCUCGUGGGCGGAGGAGCAACGCCAUCUAGAGACAGCAGGGAGGAAAAUCGAAGCAGAUUCCCGAACGCUGUGGUCCAACUGCUGGUGUCCUUUGCUACAGGGUAUUGCCUGGCUGUGCUGUGACGCCCGACGCCAGGUACGGAUGCAGGCGCUCACUUACUUGCAGCGGGCCCUCCUGGUACAUGACCUGCAGGCCCUGGAUGCCCUGGAAUGGGAGUCCUGCUUCAACAAGGUGCUGUUCCCUCUGCUAACCAAACUACUUGAGAACAUCAGCCCAGCUGAUGUUGGUGGGAUGGAAGAAACUAGGAUGAGAGCCUCAACACUACUGUCCAAGGUGUUCCUACAGCAUCUCUCCCCGCUGCUCUCGCUGACUACCUUUGCUGCCCUGUGGCUGACAAUCCUGGACUUUAUGGACAAAUACAUGCAUGCUGGCUCCAGUGACUUACUGCUGGAGGCCAUCCCAGAGUCUCUGAAGAAUAUGCUGCUUGUAAUGGAUACGGCUGGGAUAUUCCACAGUGCUGACUCACGGACGGGAUACUCGGAUCUCUGGGAGAUCACCUGGGAGCGGAUUGACUGUUUCUUACCUAGGCUGCGGGAUGAGCUCUUCAAACAGACCGUCAUCCAAGAUCCUGUCCCCAGCAUACCAAUGGAGCAGCAGCAUCAGAAAUCAAUAGUGUCUGCCCUGCCCCCUUCUCCAGCGGGGGAUGUGAGACCAGCCACCCACCUGGUUCCUUUGGAGAAACCCUGUGAACUGGGUGCCAGUGAGUCUGAGAGAGCCACUGCACCUGCCGCACCCACCGUCAGCACCUCGGCCUCUCCUCCUUUCCCAGCACCCGCUCCAGCAAAGACGAGCCCUGUCACAGACAUACCUCCUACGACAACACAGCCGCCGCUCAUCCUGCAGCCUCUUGCCUCUCCCCUGCAGGUUGGGGUGCCACCUAUGACUCUGCCAAUCAUUCUCAACCCAGCCCUAAUUGAAGCCACCUCUCCUGUUCCCCUCUUAGCUACCCCACGACCCACUGACCCCAUGGCAACCUCUGAAGUCAAUUAG